AUGUCGUCAUCUCGUUCCGCAUCGUCCAGUUCAUCAUCAUCAUCAAAGUCUGAGAAAGAAAAUCAAGAUGAAACAAUUGCAUCCGAUUUAGUUGUGACAAAAUAUAAAAUGGCAUCUGAAAUAACAAAUCGUGUUUUAAAAGAAGUAAUGGAUCGCUGUGUUGUUGGUGCAUCGGUGAAAGACACGUGUAUCUUUGGUGAUAAACGUUUAGAUGAAGAAACGGGAAAAGUGUUCAAAAAAGAUAAAGAUGUUAAAAAAGGAAUUGCAUUUCCAACAUGUUUGAGUGCCAAUAAUUAUAUCUGUCACUUUAGUCCAUUGAUUAGUGAUCCCGAUUAUAUAUUGAAAGAUGAAGAUUUAGUUAAAAUUGAUUUGGGUUGUCAUAUUGAUGGGUUUGUAGCUGUGGUUGCACAUACAAUGGUGGUUGGUGCAACAAAAGAGAAAAAAAUUAAAGGAAAAAAAGCUGAUUGCAUUUUGGCUGCCUAUUAUGCAGCGGAAGCGGCAUUACGUUUAAUAAAACCAAAUGAACACAAUUAUACUGUUACAGAAACGAUUGAUAAAAUUGCCAAUGCUUAUCAUUGUAUGAUAUCUUAUCAGAUGACGCGUGGUAUCAUUGACGGUGAAAAGCGUAUCUAUCAAAAUCCAACUGAAUCACAACGUCGUGACGCUUUUGAAAAACAUGAAUUUGCUUUGCAUGAAGUGUAUGCUGUUGACGUAUUGAUAUCAUCGGGUGAUGGUAAACCGCGUGAAUCUGAUUUACGUACAACUGUUUACAAGAAAAAAGAUUUAAUCUAUCAAUUACGAAUGAAAUCCUCACGAGUAUUUUUGUCCGAAGUUGAAAAACGUUUUUCGUUGAUGCCAUUUACAUUGAGACAUUUUGAAGAUGAAAAACGGGCACGUAUGGGAGUUAUUGAGUGUGCAAAACACGAUCUAGUGGAACCAUAUCCUAUUUAUCAUGAAAAAGAAGGCGAAUUUGUAGCAGAAUUCAAAUUUACAUUAUUACUGAUGCCAAAUGGACAAUUGAAAAUAACCGGAUUGCCAUUAGAUGUGGAUCUUUACGAAUCAGAACAUAAAAUUCAAGAUCAAGAUAUCAAACAGUUGUUAACAAGCACAGUAAAACGUCAACAAAAGAAAAAGAAGAAAAAUAAAAAGCAAGGUGGAGCAGCUGCAGUGACCGAAGUAAAUGCUCCUGCCGGAGCUGGAAGUGUCGAAGAUAAUAACAAAGACCAAAAUGGUGUCGCUGUGGAAGCAAAGCAAGUUAAAUCAAAUGCAAAAGUGUCUAAAACUCCAACGACAGCUACGGCCACGGCAACAGCAAAAUGA